AUGUUGCUGCAUACAAUGGUCAAUGGCGUUGGAGGCAAAGAAGCCAACGACCCAUGGGCCAAUUUCCUGCCUGGACGAGCCACGGUGCCACCGGAAAGGACUCGACCGGAGGCAAGCCGGAACGGACACGACGGAUAUGGACACGACCGCCGGGAGAGGACUCAGAAUCAGAGCACGGCUAGCGCUCGGAGGCCGUCGCACGCAUCCGAGGCCACGACGCGGAUCCGCUUGGGCAAAGACCUCGCGCAAAGUUGGACGACGCGGGAAAUACUGCAUGCCGCGGAACUGCACCUGGAGGAGUUUGAUGUCGUUCACUCGGUGGUGGCAUUGCAUCGCAUUGCCAAAAGCACAGAUCGCGGAGAGCUCCGACACGAUCAACGCCUGACCGCUGUAUUGGCAAAGCUGGCAGCCACGGCGGCAACAGCAACUACAGUGUCACCGUCCAGCAAUGAGAUGCCACAUGUAAAGGAGGUGUCCAAAGCAUUGUGGGCACUUGCGAAGGUUGGGCCUUGGGCGGAUAACUUUGAAGGCUAUGGGCCACGAGGGAUCGAAAAUGGAUCAUGGAGUGGCCGUGCGUGGACGGGAGUGCACAGAAGCCUCAAGGCUUUGGGGACAUCUGCAAUCGGGCGCUUGCACGAGUUGGACAGUCAUGGCCUCUCCAACGUCGCCUGGAGCCUUGCCGUCGCCCGCUUUGAUCAGAGAGGCUUCGUGACGGCCAUUGCCCGAACCGCCCUGCAGCUGCUGCCCGACUUUCAGGCACAAGGUCUUGCCAACACUGCCUGGGCCAUGGCACAUCUGCUUGCAGAGCCUGAGGGACGUGGUCCUGAGCGAAAGUUACUGGAGUGCAUCGCCAAGGAGGUUGGCCGCAAUGCGCACGAUUUCACACCACAGGGCCUGGCGAACAUUGGCUGGGCGUUUGCCACUCUAGCACUAAGCAGCUCUACCUUGCCCUGGCUGUUUCCCUUCUCCCUUCGGCUCCGAGCCUUGUCGCAUGCUACAGCAAGCUACAAGAUGAAUGAAUGUAGCUGUUUUUCACAGUCUUUGCUUCUGCCGGUCACCCAACUCUUGCCGCGAUUUGGGGCCUUAAGCAUGGAAUUGCGGGAAGGCCUCGAUCGAGUUCUUGGUGAGCUUCUUCAGACGCAGGAAUUGUAUCGCGCUGCAGAGACCCAGCAGCAGUCGUUGCGGAAAGCAGUCGAGCAGCAUCGGGAGGCACUGCUGCGCUCUCUCAGCGGGGAAGCCACACCUCUGAAGCUGGCCCUUGGGGAGGAUGUGGCGCCUCCCAUUUUUCCGAAGGAGUUCGGCACACAUUCGCCAAUGGCAUCCGUGCCUGCGCACCAGCCUACCGUGCCGGACAACCUGGAGACUACUCAGCCAGCCUAUGCAAGCUCAAGCCCGGCGACCUCCCAAAGCGGUGCGAUCUCCCAGACAACGUCCAUGAAUCUGCCGGAGAAUGUGGUUCAGGUUGUUGGGGAAUCAAAGGACACAUGGACAGCCGCUGCCGAGUUUGCGAUGCACAGGCCGCGUUCCGACAGCGAGAGCAGAAGGAAGUCAGCCAACAGCGACAAGAACUCUGCCGGAAAGAGGCCGUCUGACAAGAGGCACAGCGACCUGGAGGUGAUCGACUCGUGGGCGGCAGCGGAGAUGUUGGGGGUCACCGGAGAGGACCGAAUGAUGGGCCGUUUCGACACCCUCAUCGGCAUCCUCGUGCUCCUGAAUGCUUUCGCAAUGGCUCUGACUCUGGAGUGUCUGGGCUCUCAGUCGGCAGCCAGCCUGGGGAUUACCGGUGGAUUCUCCGUGUGCGAUGCUUCACCUGUCCUUGAUGUGCUGGAGCAUUUCUUCGUGGUGGCGUUCGGCCUUGAGUUGAUUUAUCGGCUUUACUGCCUGCGCUGUGACUACUUUCGUGACUACUGGAAUUGGGCGGAUGCCUCUUUGGUCAUCAUUGGCGUCACUGACUUAUACUUGCUGGAUCCAUUGCUGUCCGGAUCACCGGCCCACAACGCAACCACUCUCCGAGUCUUCCGGGUGGUGAAGCUCGCUCGAGUCGUACGCAUCGUGCGGGCGCUACGUCUUUUCCGAGGCCUGCGAGUCUUGGUCCACGCAUGCGGUUCUUUUCUGCCUUCUUUGAGCUGGUCUAUGGCAUUGCUCGGACUUUGCAUGCUGUCCGGAGGCUUGCUGAUCGGAAACUUGCUCCAGGACUACAUCAGCGACGAGUCACAGGACCCGGAAUGGCGUUUGUGGGUCUGGCAGCAUUAUGGGACGUCCUACCGAUCGAUUUACACAAUGUAUGAGAUGACCUUUGCCGGGAAUUGGGGUGUCUAUGCCAGACCAGUGCUGGAGCACGUGAGUCACGCCUAUGUGGUUUUCUAUGUUACGUACAUCACAUUCAUAGUUUUUGCCGUCAUUCGUGUCAUCACGGCAAUAUUUUUGCGAGAGACCUUGGAAGCUGCAAACAAUGAUGCGGAGCUGAUGGUCCAAGAAGGUCUCAGAAGAAAAGCCACGUACAUUCACAAACUCGAGAGUAUAUUCAAUGCGAUCGACGAAAGUCAGGAUGGGCUCAUCGACGAGGACGAAAUGAACGAGCUCUUUAUGGACACGCGAGUCACUACUUACUGGGAAACCCUUGACAUUGACGUGAUGCAGUCGAGUGCACUUUUCCAUCUGCUUGCCAACGGUGAUGGACAGAUCACGUGUGGCGAUUUUAUUGACGGCAUCCUACGUUGCAAGGGCCCAGCGAGGGCCAUCGAUCAGAUCAUGAUGCAGAAAGAUGUCAGACUUGUGGCAGAACAAGUGCGGGCCCUGACGGAUUCACUGGAGAACGCGAAUGUGAUCCCAAAGAAACAGCAUAAGACCUCCUGGAAUAGACACCGUCGAAGAUCCCUCGUUGAUGAUCAGAUCACGCUGCUUGGCACCGCCAAGAUGACCGAUGCUGCGCGCUAUGCCCUCGCACCUGGGUUUGAGCCAGAAAAGAACAUCAUGUGGACGCAGGAAAUGCGCCAUGAGCACCUUAUGGACGCCGUGUCGCGAGAGCUGGCGGAGGGAGCCGGGAACUGGUCCCAGCAGAACCUGGCGAACAUCCUCUGGGCCUUUGCGAAAGUGGCCGUUCAGCCUCGAGCUGGCGCCGUCCGUGCGGUGGUCGAUGACGCCCUGCUCACCAUACAGUCUUGGAGCGCUCUGAACAUCAGCAACCUGACCUGGUCCUUUGCGAAGCUGGCAGUGCGCCACCAAGAGCUCUUCUCAGCGGUGGAAAGCGAGUGUCAACAGAAGCUGCUCCAUUUCUCCUCGCAGAACCUGGUGAAUGUCGCCUGGGCAUUCGCCAAGGUCGUUCUGGCCCGGCAGAACUUUUUCGAGCAAAUCGCCCGCCGAGCUGUUGAGCUGGCGCCAGACUUCAACCCUCAGAACUGCUCCAAUGCAGUCUGGGCCUUCGCUGCUGUUGGCCUGGCAAGUCCCAACCUCUUGGCCGCCACGGCCCGCCGUGCCGAGGAGCUGGCGCCAGAGCUUCAGGCCCAGGACUUGGCGAACCUGGCCUGGGCAUUCGCAAAGUUGGGCAGGCGUGAUGCAGCUCUCGAAGAAACGGUGGCAUCAGAAGUGCUGCAGAAGGUUGAGAGCUUCUCGCCCCAGCACCUGUCGAUCAUCGUCUACUCCUUCGCUCAGCUGCUGGCUGCUGGCACCACAGGACUGCAAGCCACGCCCUCCACGGCGGCCACGGCAUGGCCGAGACCUUCGGCGGGGGAUGUGCGUCGCUCCAACCCGGCUCCUGCCCCAUCCGCGGCGUCCAUGGUUGAGGCGAUCCUCACAGCAGCAACAAAGCGUGUAAGGGAGUUCGACGCCCAGGGACUCACAAAUCUUGCCCAGUCGCUGGCGAAGCUGGAGAUACAAAGAGAGGGUCUUCACAAUGCUCUGGUGGAGGAGGCAGCGGCAAAGGUUUCUAGCUUCACGAACCAGGAGCUGGCGAUGUUUGCCUGGGCUGCAGCCCGGCUCGGCCGCUUUGCGGGUCGCGCCUUGCGCAUGGUCUCGAAGGAGACGAAAGCACGUCUCCAGGACCUCACGGCCCAGGAUCUCAGCGUACUGGUGUGGUCGUUUGCUCGAAGUGGUGGGGAGGAUACCCAAGACUCCGAGCGAAGCCGUGUGCCUGCAGGCGUCGGGAUGUUGAACACUUUGACCUCCACUGUGAUGCGGCUCCUGCACGAGCUGACGCCACAAGACCUGUCCACAAUCAUCUGGGGAUACGCAACUGCCGGCGUGGAGGCCGCGUCGAUGAUAGAGGCUGUGGCAGACGAGUCUGUCAAAAAGGUGGCCAAGUUUGCGCCGCAGGACAUGGCCAACGUGGCCUGGGGUUUGGCCAAGCUGGGUCUGCUGCACGAGCAGCUGCUUGAGGUCUUGUGCCGAGACUUCGUUGCCAGGGCCAAUGAGUGCCAGGCUCAACAUCUCUCCAUAGCGGCCUGGUCCUUUGCCAAGCUUGGCGUGGCCUCGGACGAGCUUUUCGAGGCCAUUGCCCAGUCCCUCGCCGGUCGUGCUGGGGAGCUGGACCCACAGGGUGUCGGCAACAGCCUUUGGGCCUUCGGCGUGCUUUGUUUCUGGCAUCGCCCAUGUGUCAAGGCUGUGGGCGGACGCGCAGUCCGCUCGGUCAGCGAGCUGACCGUUCAGGAAAUGGCAAACGUGGCUUUCGGUUUGCAUACAUUGCUCCGUUGGCGAAGGCCAGCAGCAGACGACGAAGCUGAAGACGAUGCCGCGAUGCUGCUGAAGCUACUUAUGGACUUUCUCGCCGCCUCGGGAAGUCUCUUCUGCCGCAAAGCUGGCCUUGGUGACGGUGCUAGCUGGACCGACUUUGCCAACGUCGCCAAAGCUGUGUCGCAGGAAGGCGCGCAGGCCCAGUCAGACGUGCUGAAAGAGCUGGAAGCACGGCCCCCAGCCGCACGGAUAAAUGGUGGGAUAAAGAUUCAAGGUGCGUUUUCGACGGCUGCAUCUGGAGAAGUUGCUCGAGGAGCCAUUCUGGGAGAGCCGCCGCUGGAUAACAGGUCCUCGACGAUGCCUCCAUCGACACGAGCGUUUUCGGAGGCGUUCCACAUCUUGGUGAGCAGUACUCCAAAGAAGCUCUGCGACGACUGGGGUGUGGGCUUGAGUUUAGCAGCUGCACGGGUGUCGCCAGCAGUUCUGAAUCAGGUGCGGCCGCUUUGCGCCUACAACGCCUUCAGCUGCGACGUGGCACUGAGAGCUGGAGUCAUUGCACACGGGGGCGCAUGGGGCGAGGCCCGCCUGCAGCAACUCGGGGAAGCUGUGGGGAGCGAGGAGUGGCAAGCGAGAGCUUCCGAGGCCAACCGUCAUCCACCACGGCUGGAGACGCACGAUCGCUUCGGGAACCGGAGGGACGCAGCGGAGUUUCAUCCUAGCUACCACCUGCUCAUGGACCUGGGCAUCACCUCGGGAGUCUCCGCUUUUGCUUGGCAGCCCGAGAACUGCGGGAAAUCCGGUGCCCACGUUAUCCGUGCAGCUCUGAUGUAUCUCAUGUACCAGCUUGAUCCGGGCGUGUGCUGCCCGUUAACAAUGUCAUUUGCUGCUGUCCCUGCUCUGCUUCAACAGCAAGGAUCUCAUGACCCGGACGGGUAUGUCGCCAAUCUGAUCGAGAAACUCAUCUCAUGUAAGUAUUCCGGGAAGGAUGCUCCUCUGCCGUCCAAGCCCGGAGCCACUGUCGGAAUGUCAAUGACAGAAAAGCAGGGUGGUUCCGAUGUGCGUUCGAAUAUGACGGAGGCACAGCCUGUGAACGGGAUGCGGCAGAGCCCCGGGCACGGAUUCUGGCUGGUGGGACACAAGUGGUUUACCUCUGCUCCCAUGAGCGAUGCCUUCUUGACCCUCGCCCAAACGAUGCAUGGAGUUUCAUGCUUCAUCGUCCCUCGGUGGCUACCAGAUGGGAAUCGCAAUGCAGGUUUCACUGUGCAGCGACUGAAGGAGAAGAUCGGUGACAAGUCCAAUGCCUCCAGCGAGGUUGAGUAUCGGAAUGCAUGGGGCUUGCUUCUUGGCGCACAGGGCCGUGGCGUGCGAACGAUUGUAGAGAUGGUUGUGCACACACGCCUGGAUUGUGUCAUCGGUAGCUCGGCACUCAUGAGGCUAAGCGCACAGCUUGCUUUUCACCAUGCCUCGGAGCGGAAGGCUUUCGGGCGCCGUCUGCUGGACCAGCCCCUGAUGCGCCGCGUGUUGGCAGAUCUCGCCAUUGAGUCAGAAGCUGCUCUGGCAACCUGGUUGCGCCUGGCACGCGGCCUGGACCAGAAGGAAGGACCUUUUGUCCGCAUUGCAGUGGCGGUCGCUAAGUAUUUCGUUUGCAAGCGGGCUCCCCUCGUGGCUUAUGAGGCAAUGGAGUGCCACGGUGGGAACGGCUAUGUAGAGGAGGGGCCGAUCGCUCGUCUUUUCCGUCAAUCACCUCUUAAUGCUAUCUGGGAAGGCUCCGGUAACAUUAUUUGCUUAGAUGUUCUUCGGGCUCUGCGUCGUGAGCCCGAAAGCUCAACAGCUUUGAUGGGAGAGCUUCAGUCGGCCCUGGCUGCAGCAGAAGCUGCCAAGAGCCACGCUCCAAACUCGUACGCGAGUGUUCUCCAAGGGUUGCAGCAAGACCUGGCAUCUGACCCGUCGUCCUUAGAGCAGCAUGCCAGGCAUAUCGUAGACAAGCUGGCCGUUUGUUUGCAGGCAGCCAUCUUGUUGAAUCAGGGAGAUGCCAAGGUGGCGCAUGCUUUUCUCGCGACUCGGCUGCCGGACACCGACGGACCGGUUCUUGGUACUUCGAGCAUUGGCAGCCUCACGGCUCGUCUGAUGGAGGACACUGUCGAGCACCUGCUUCAGCGACUUCGAACCGAGCAGAAAAUUCAGAGAUCAGCGAUUGCCUUAGUCGCAUCAGAUUUUGGCAAGGCCAGAGGUGCAGAGCAGCUCUGGGCGGCAACUGGCAAAUUCCAGCUACUGUCUGAAGCCCAGGAUACAGUGGUCGCGCACGUGUCUUGGGAUGUGACCUGCUUUGAUCAUACGUGGCGGAACAGCGGUAAAGUCUACCACGCUGCUUCACAACGAGCACAAGCACGAGGUGCAGCGCCAGCAGCAGUGCCCAAGACCAUCGAGGAUCUCUUGGCCCCGCUUCGCCAACAUCUGCGCCGUGACACGCAUCCCGAGCGCUUAGCGCUUCUGGAGCUCAUGCACGCGAUGGCCCAGGCUGAGGCAGACGAGACCUUGGAGGAGCUUAGUGACCAGUCGCUUCGCGAUUUUCUGAAGAAGUGCGAGGGCGCAGCCCAAGUUUACGUCUCGCAGUAUCCCUGUGUGUCAUGCCUGGCUGUCUUCUGUCAGUUCAAGCACCGGUGCCCCAAGAUUGGACUGGAAGUUGCCUUCGACAAUGCCUGGACGAGCUUCUGUGGCCGGCCACGCUGUCAAGUCCGCUAG